GGAAGGAGGGACUACUAGCUACUUGAAGCAAGCAUACAUGGCCCUACUAUAAAAUGUGAAAGCACCUCAUUGUAAUGCAGAAAUCAAAAUUUUUCUUGGAUCACUCCCAGUAUACCUUUCAGCCUAAUAGUGUAUCUACUUCAGAUCCUAGCCCUAUUCCUUGUACUUGCUUCCGCAGUUUCCUGUUAUACUGUACAUCAAAAGUUCCAGAUUCGUGAUCGUGUGAAGUACAGCAGCAGUACCCAGGUCGUGGCACUUCUGUCAGGACUUCCAAAAAGCGUGGAUAAAUAGGGUCGAUUAGAUUCAUAGCCUCUUCAUAAAUUCAUAGGUCGUGGGAUGUCCGAUGCUUCUUCCAAUUUGGAUGUUUAUCUAGACUGCGUCCGCAGCCCAACGAUCGUAGCCCAACGAGCGUUACGGAUCGGUCGAUGGAGAGGACAAUUGCACGAAUCCAGUUUCGUGGCAUUUUUUCAGACAAAGGCCCGAAAGCAAAAGCAGACCAUCCAGCACGUGCAAACAGCACACAUCGUUUCGCUGAGAGAAUCAGCCUCUAAAGAAAUCGAUGGCUCGAACUGGAAAGCUCAGUGAAAGCUGGAGCCCAUCUGCGUGAUCCCAGCGAUAUAAACACUCACCACAGAGCAAACAUGAGGUCGACAGAACAGGAUCUCGGUCUCGGUCUCAGACCUUUCCAAUAGGCUGGAGAACCUCAGUUCAUGACAAUGCGAUUUUCGUCAAGUAUCCUCAGCUCGGAUGCUGAAACCUCACUUGAAUUUGUUAGAUUCUUCUGGAAACCGAAACCUAGCUUGCUCCUUUUUUAUCUGAGGACGAGGGCCAUAGAAACUGCUGUACCAAACUCCGGCAACCUCGUUACUUGCAAUGCCUCCAACCUCCGCCAUGUGCUCUCCUCUCCUUUCGUUCUACGUGUGGAAGCAGAGGACAGACCUACAGCCUGAGCAUCGCCAGCGUUACCUCGCUGUCAACCCGGAACUUCAUCCUGGAGCGGAGAGUGAUGGACAUCACGUGGAGAGGCAUACUCAGUGCUCCUCUGCGAACUCCUGGGCUGCUGGACUGCCUACCGAAAGAAGCCGCCAUGCUGCCAAACACUCCUGAGCGACAUGGAGCAAGCCAGAUUCUACUGCUCGAUAAGGCUUGAUGACCCGGCUGCGGGGGAGGCGCAGCAACAAGGUCGCCGAGCUGCUGAACACGCAAAUCAGAUCAGAACAGAUCAGAUCAAAACAGAACAGGUCCAAUGGCGUGAUCGAUCAAGUGGGCCCUGAACAACGUGACCUUGCACCCUGCAAGCUACAAGCACUCCCUAUGUGGCCGCCUACGUUUACAAUCUCAAGCACGAGCUGUGACCAUCUCUUCCGUCGUGCUAAGAUACGACACCUUCAACCCUCCGAGUGCGAGGUCCAGCUGAAUGGCGUCGUGGAAGUCGUUUAGCAGAAUGCCUGGAUGUGAAUAAAAGCGAGAUCCACCAAUGGCACUUGCAUUGGCAUGACAUCUGAAUGGGUGCUCGCUCGGGUCUGGCAAAGGAGUGUUCAGCUCUGGCGAUAUCAGCUCCAUACGGGAAUGGGAGUCAUGUUUGCCGAAGGUCUGAACAAAGUGUCACCCCUGCAAAAGGAGACAGACCAUGGGCCGCGGUUUAGCCAAAAAACUAAUCAAUUGGAAGGAACACUUCAUCUGUACGGCUUGGCGAUGUCUUCCCAUCCUUUUUCUUAUAUUCCAUGGUCCCCCAUACUCCCACCAAAGAGGUUUAGAUUUGUAAAUGAUUUGCAUAGUGCUCCAUUGUUUGCAGGUUUGAUGACUGCAGCCUCGAGGAGGGUUUUUCUGCUAUAUUGGACAGAACAGAGCAGCACAUGCUGCUGCUGUAGUCCGCAUGUAGAGGACAGUAGAGUACUGUUUUGACAGAUCAGGAAGCUGAAGCAGUUC